AUGAACGGUGUACCUCCUGAGAUCAUCCAGCGCGCAGAGAAUCUGAUCCUCCUUUCCGUCUGUGGCGAAGACCUGGUAGCUACGUGCUGUCAGAUGCCGGAAGAUGAAGCUGCAGAACUCGAGGACGCGGAGCAGAUCGCGAGAGACUUCCUCGAGGCCGACGUCUGCCAAGACCCGAAGAACACCUUGGCGGACAUACUGACUGUAUCCACGACCACAGAUUCGCGCAGUUAG